AUGUAUGCUACCUCAGUGCCCACUCCACUGAACUCUAGAUAUAGCUAUCAUGCUAUUUUGAGCGAUAUUUGUAAAACAAGGUUUAAUCAUUUGGCAAUAAGGUUAUUAUUAACAAUUAGCGUUACAUUUGGUGCUGUUCUCACGUUUUUGACAAGAUGGGAUGUCAAUGCGUGGGAGAGAGUUUUAUUAUUUCCGGGCAAGGUAAUAUUGUUGUACAUUGGGCUGAUAUUGGUUAUUAUUACUAGAAAAAACUACUUGAGGGUCCAAUUUCUAGGGUAUGCGAAUAUAGUAUCGUUUUUAUACGGACAAUUCUUUUCUCUAAAGUUUAUCUUUUACCAUUUGACAUACCUUGCAAGUGGGAUAUUGAUUACAUGGGCUUUAAACGGAGUUUUAUACGACCCUUCAUACAGUAUCCCGGUCGCGCUGAGAAGACUUAAUGUAUGGCUAAUCAAUCCGAGUCUCUAUACUGCACAACUUCUAGUUUUUGAUCUGGAACGGCUAUCCUUUAGCUUUGGUUUUCAACAUGAAGAUCGACAGUUCCGCAUUGCAGGUAGGUUACACGACUCUGCUGUUAAGUGCGGCAUUCUUACAUUGUGCGUUUUGGUAUUCCAACCCAUAAUAUAUUUUGUGUUGAACGUGAAGGAAUCUGCAGGAGUUUUAGCUCAUUUACAAUGCUGUGCGAUAUCUUUUAUUAUAUUUCAACUCUGGGAUAUCACCAAUGUUGCUUUUAAUGCUUAUUUAUCUAUCGGAUGCUUACACAGAGGUAAACCCAUUUCUUCACUCUCUUCUACUCCAAUGGAGACACUGGUUACAGGCUUGAGCUCGAAAAGACUAUUCACGAAGCUGACCGCCUUUCAAGAGCUAUCUUACAGAGCCACAUCUCCCGACAUCCAGUUGAGGCUUCCUAUAUAUCAUACUCGCUACGGGAAUUCCCAUAUUUGGUCCAGUAUACUGAGGGAGUGCCUACUGGUAAUUCAAGAAUCGAAUAGCAAUAUUUCGAUGUUUUUGAAAAGCUUAGAAGCUCAGUCUACUGCAACAUCUUCCGACUUCAAGCAGAAAAACAUUAUGACUAGGAAUAAAGAUGAAGUAUUGUUUGGAAACAAGCCAACGGUUUCUGUCGUUUCAGGAUCCCAGUUUUGCCUUCCUGGCUCACCACCUUCAGCAGAAAGCGAUAUCUCCCAACGCAUCACACUAGAGAGUAACGGCCCUAAUUUCAAUGGACAGCGGCCACAGAACCUGAUGCAGUUUUCACAUUCUUACAAUCCACCAAUUUUCACUCAGCAAGUUAACUUCUUAAACUUAGCUCAGGAUCUCAUGAAUUAUGUUACCAAGAUGCUUAGCUCCUUUUUCUUUCCUUCCCAAAUAGAGUCUACAACAUCCGUAAAACCGCUGUUUUUCUUUGAGCUAUGGACUAUUUCAAAAAAGGCACAGGCUGAGAAGUUAGUUAAACUGCCCAACUGUUACGCAGAGUGUGUUAUUGCAUUAAUGGGUAUGCUUAUCAACUCUUUAGAUGAGGACCCCAAGGGCAGUGUUGUUUCAUCGGUGGGUGAGGUACUGAAGAUUUUGGAACGCUCUGUGGGCUCUCUAGGUGCAUUCGUUGAGUGGGAACCUCCAAAUAAAUCACAAAAAGGUCCCGACAGUAUCUCGGUAAUAUAUGACUUGGCAAUUAAUGCGUUUUUGGAAAUUGUUCUAAAGUACAAUCAAUUGCUGAAUGAUGUGUAUUUGGACGAUGAUGUUGUAAAACUAAGCCAAUGGGUAUUGCAAAUGUGCGAUGAUAACAGCAGCAUCUAA